AUGAUUCAAGAGGUGGAAGUCUUUGACUGUUGGGGAAUAGACUUUGUUGGACCUCUUUCUCCAUCUUUCAACAAUGAGUAUAUUCUGAUGGCUGUUGACUAUGUGAGCAAAUGGAUGGAGGCAGCCGCUUGCCCUAAAAACGAUGCAUCCACAGUCAUCAAGUUCUUGAAAAAGCAAAUCUUCACCCGGUUUGGAGUUCCUAGGGUCCUCAUUAGUGAUAGAGGAUCUCACUUUUGCAAUGAUCAACUGGCCAAGGUGCUUAAGCACUAUGAAGUGAAGGAUAAGGUGGCCUCACUUAUCACCCACAAACAAAUGGCCAAGCGGAAGAAGGACUGGUCUCAAAAGCUAGAUGAUGCCCUAUGGGCAUACAGAACUGCCAUGAAGACUCUAGUGGGGCUAUCUCCUUUCCAGCUUGUCUAUGGGAAGGCUUCUCAUUUGCUGAUGGAAUUAGAGCAUCGUGCUUAUUGGGCUCUCAAAUUCUUGAAUUUUGACCCCUCUAUGUCUGCUGAAAAGAGAAAGAGGCAACUGCUGAAACUUGAAGAGAUGCGCCAUCAUGCUUAUGACUACUCCAAGAGCUACAAGGAGAAGGUCAAGUUCUAUCAUGACAAGAAGUUGGUGAAGAAGGUUUUCCAUCCUGGUCAGCAAGUCUUGUUGUUCAACUCCCGCUUCAAACUAUUUGCUGGAAAAUUGAAGUCAAAGUGGUCGGGCACUUUCACCAUCAAGGAUGUCAAACAACAUGGAGCAGUUGAGCUGAUAGAUCCAUCCUUUGAUGACCCACAAAGAAGCUGGGUAGUUAAUGGUCAAAGGCUCAAACACUACUUGGGUGGUGAGGUGGAACGCCUCAGCACAAGUGUUGAGUUAGUUGACCCUUGGGCAUAG